CUGUGCUGCAUAGUGACAGUGAGGGAGUGGGAGGAGGCAGGAAGGUGCUUCUACUCCGGGCUCAGAGAACUUGUGUGGCAGCAAACUGUAGUUAGGUUUGUCCGUCGUAUAUAAACUAUCUAACAAAUGUGAAGGAUAUUUUUAGGACGGGAAAGGAGUUGUGCCGGCAGUCUUGCGAUGCGGCGCUAUAUGCGCGUGCGCUUCGUGUGCUUACUGCUCGGUUUCGGCUCGGUGUUCUAUGUCUUCAUUCAACUAGCCGCUUCACUGGAUUCGCAGAACGGAUGGGUGUCGAAGAAAUCGCAACACAGAAGUACUUUACUGACUGGGGAGAAUGUCGUAGGCAGAGCGGCGGCAAGUAAAGGCCCGGUGAACCAGCAUCGGGACAGCAGGUGUGUGAAUUUGUCAGUGUCUUUCUGGAAUCCCUAUUGGAGACUGCCCUCUGGUGUUUGUGGAUUGAACUGCUUUUGGGAAUCUGCUUUUAGAUUCAUCAUAAGACGUCCUAAUUCAUCAGAUUCUGUGAAAGAGCUAGCUGAAACAAUGCACCUAGCCGUUGUUGCAUGUGGAGACAGGCUAGAGGAAACAAUGACAAUGAUCAAGUCUGCCGUGAUAUUUAGCAUAAAGUUUCUUGAAUUUCACAUAUUUGCUGAACAUGAACUUCACCUUACAUUUCAAAAAACACUUAAUACUUGGCCCUUGCAAUAUCGUUCAAAAUUUAAUUACAAAUUAUAUAAUAUAACAUUUCCUAGUGAGAAUGCUGCUGAAUGGAAGAAGCUGUUUAAACCAUGUGCAUCUCAGAGACUUUUUCUACCCAUCAUUCUUAAAGAUGUGGAUUCUUUGCUGUAUGUAGACACAGAUAUUUUGUUCCUACAACCUGUGGAUGAAAUCUGGUCUUUUCUCAAGGAAUUCAAUUCCACCCAGAUUGCUGCAAUGGCACCAGAACAUGAAGAACCUCGCAUAGGGUGGUAUAAUCGUUUUGCAAGGCAUCCAUAUUAUGGUAAAACUGGAAUAAACUCUGGAGUCAUGUUAAUGAACAUGACCCGUAUACGUGAAAAAUAUUUUAAGAAUGACAUGACCACUGCACGACUUAAAUGGGAGGAGAUUCUUAUGCCUUUACUUAAAAAGUAUAAGCUGAAUAUAACUUGGGGAGAUCAAGACUUGUUAAAUAUAAUAUUCCAUUAUAAUCCUGAGAGCCUUUUUAUAUUUCCCUGCCACUGGAAUUAUCGUCCUGAUCACUGCAUUUAUGGAAGUAAUUGCAAAACAGCAGAAGAAAAAGGGAUUUUCAUUCUUCAUGGAAAUCGUGGGGUGUAUCAUGACGAAAAACAGCCUGCAUUCAGAGCUGUUUAUGAGGCUAUAGUAAAAUACAAAUUUGGAGAUGACCCUUUUCAUUUUCUUUUGUACCCUUUGGAAAAUAAUUUGCUGCAAACAACACACACCUAUUGUGGGAGAGUGCAACACCUGUUUACAAAGCAGCUGCAAAAAAGUAUUCAAAAAAUUCAAGAUACCAUCCCUAGAGUAAGGUGAUAUUUACUUGUUUUCAGGAAUGUCAGUGCUCUUGAAAAAAGACCUUCAAACCAAGAUGUGAAAUGAACUACAGACCUCAACUAAAGUCCUCCUGAAAACGAUCAAGCAGUAAUAAACCAGCUGAUAAGUAAGGAAAAAUGUGUAUUUGCUACAUGAAGCUGUGAAUGUAACAAAUGUCAAUUUGUAAACGCACUAAUCUUGCUUUGCUGCUGGAAAACCCUGAUGUUUACAAUAGUUGUGGUCUUAUUCAAAAGCAGCUAGGAGUUUUUAAACCGUUGACAAUCUGCACAUUAAUAAUGUAUGUGUGUAAGUGUUUUGACAAUCAUUCCGUUUGUUUAAAAAUAAAUAGCAAAAAUAACAUGAAGUAGGAAAAAAUACUUUUGCAGUAAUUCAUUUAGAAUGUACAGCAUUAUAGUCAGUUUGUACUGAAGCUUCAAUCAGAUGCAUUCCUUUUUGACAUACAGACAAAAUUUGUAAUAAUUUGCAAUGCUGAAAUGGGGAAGGUAAUAUUUAGCACAUUUAUAUUUAGUCUUUUUUCCAGCAAUAUUCAUAUAUGCUUGAAUUGUAUUUUUUGUCACUCUUAAUGUGAAGAUAUUAUUUUUAAUUGGAGUAUUUUGUAGGUUUUAAAUACAUUGGAAACCUGACUUUAAAAUUUUUUUGAUGUCUUGCAACCAGUUAAAAAUAACCCUGAGUCUGAUUAACAUUUUUCAGUGUUUAUGAUUGUUUGCAGUAAAUUUAACUUGCUGCUGAUUAAACACCAAAUUUCCCAGUAUUGACCAUCUUUCACAGAUUACCAAUUUAGGAGUGUGACUCUGUUAUUUUCUAUAAUAUAUAUGUAUAUAAACAAAGCAGUGGUGUAUAUAAAAAUCUGUCAUAGAUUUCAUGUUUAUAUGUUCUUUUAUACAAAUAAUAGUUAAUAUGUAAAAUAUUUUACUUGUUUAUGUAUUAAAUAUGAGGUUUGAUGAAGUUAAGUUUGAAGUGAUUUAAAUGUUUUAAGUUGCACUAAAAUUUUUAUUUAAAAGCCUAUGUAACAAAAUGAUGUGGGGUAACAUUUUAAGUCCAUUGCUCUCAUACCAGGAUUUGUCUCAAAUAAACAUGUGGAUUAAAUGUUUUAGUGCUUAAUUUGUAGCAUAUAAUUGUACAGUAAGCACAAUGAAUAGUUUUUAAUAUAGGGAUUAAAUAAACAUUUAUCUAUAAUGAAAAAGCCAUAGCUGUGUGAUGGUUCCAGCCUUCACAUCACUUGCAGCUUGUACUGAUAUCAGUAGAAAGGAAUGUCUGAGUCAGUGAAGAGAUUAAAGGUGAGUCUUGUGUUUAAAAGUAAAUAGCAGUUAACAGCUUAAGCCAAACACUUUUACUUUUUUGCACAGUUGUGGAUAUAUCCUUAGGUUUUGUUGAUUGUGAUUUGACAGUUAAGCAUUUCUUUGUAUUUUAAUAUGAUAAAGUGGACUAAAUGUAACAUAAAUACAUUAUAGGUCAGUUUCUUGCUGUAUUAUAUGUAAUGUUCAUAAAAAUGUAAUUUCAGAUUAUUGUAUGAAAUUUUACUUAAAAGUAUUUUUCUAAUAAAUUUUGCAUUAUCUUGCCAAA